AAGUCAUAUAACUAACAGAUAUCCGUCCAGAAUCUCUAAAUCUUUCGAAAUCGGAUUCAAACCCCCUAUGCGGCGUGGCUUUAGAACCGUACCUGAAAAUAUCCCCAGGGGAACCCCUACGUUCCGACUCUAACCAUGGAGAAGAGUCAACCAUCUUGCAGCCGCCCCACAGCGGCAAUGCAACGUCGUGAGCCCUGGAGAGUAUCGCGUUUCCUUCGAAACACCAUUCUCGCAACGUGUCUCUGCCUCGCCAUCUAUUGUUUCUCUCAUCAGUCUCAUCUUCUUACAAGACCCAGCGCCAUCAUGAAGGACAGAACCCAGUCUCCUAUUUCGAACGUCGGAGACAAUGCCGGCCAAGACCCGAAUCCAUCAUCCAAAAAGGUGCCCCUUGAGGCUCAUAUCAUGAGCAAAUGCCCCGAUGCAAAGAACUGCUUUCUGGACCUUAUUGUGCCGGCGAUGGUGAAAGUCCAUGAUAAAGUGGAUUUCAAACUCUCAUUUAUCGGAAACGUAUCCGAAUCCUCAUCCGAUGUAUCCUGCAAGCAUGGCCCCAGCGAAUGUGUUGGGAACAUGUUGAUGCUAUGCGCUGCAAACUUACCGUUCCCCUGCGACCCUAAACAAUCCAAACCUGGAGAUAAAUGCAAGGUUCCCACCAUCCGCUCUCUUGGCUUCGCCAACUGUUUGCUACGCGACUACAAAAAUAUUCCCGACCGGAAUAUUGUUGAAGACUGUGCUUUGGAGCAUGGAAUUGACUUCAAGGCUCUUAACAAAUGUGCAAGCAGCCAGAGUGAUGACCCUAGUUCUUCCAACGGCGAGCUUAGCGGGCUUGCUUUGCUGAGAGAGAGCUUCCGCCGAAGUCAGCAGGUUGGCGCGACAAAGAGUUGCACGGUCCGAGUGGACGAGAAAGAAUGGUGCAUCCUUGACGGUGGCCAGUGGAAGAACUGUCAAAAGAAGGGUGCAGAUACAGUUGAUGGCAUUGUAUAUGAGGUGGAACGACUGUACAAGGAGAGGAAUUGAGGGCGGUAUAUCUGCCCCCUUGAUGAGUCAAAUGAUAGGUUUUGAAGGCUUCUUGCUAAAUGUACGAUGUUAUUGCAAUUAUUGCGACGUGAUCAGGAAUCAGCAGUGUUGUGGAUUCCUUUUAACUCUUUGUUUCUGAAGCAAGAGUGGAUCCUGUUUGGGCUCUCAUUUUCUCUAAAGGCCCUGAUGUAUCAUAAUCUCUAUUCAAGGCCAAAAGUACUA